GUUUUUAAAAGUUCUUAUUCCACUUCUUUCUGUCUUCAGAAGGAGGUAAAGCCCAAGCAAGCUACCUGAAAUCCCAUAUCUUCACCUGCUAGGACGAGUGGGUGCUGGAGGAGGAUCCUGCUCCGCAGCACAAUGCUGGAUCCCAAGCCUCACUCUGUGAGUCAGAGGUGAAUCCAGGUGAAAGUCAGCUACCACAGUAGGUGUCAGGAUGACCAAAGCACGGCUCCUCCGUCUCUCUGUGGUGCUGGUCUCCAUCUUCAUGAUCCUCCUGAUCAUUGUGUACUGGGACAACGUGGGGACAGCUCACUUCUACCUGCACACGUCCUUCUCCAGGCCUCGUUCCCCAGGAGCCAUCCCCGGUAUCACGGCAGGUGAAGACUGGGAAGCCUUGCCAGAUGUAGAUGAAUUUUUGGCAAAGCUUCUUAGUUCGAGCCUGAGACAGAACAACUCUACCCCCCGAAAGACAGAGCAGCUCCUUGUCCAGGGCUCCAACAAGCCUGUGGUGAGUAACUUGGAGGAGAAGGUGCGGGGCUAUGACUGGUCUACGCACAAGGACAGGAACAGCCUGGACCAAGAGAAGCUGCAGGUGGAGAGGCAGAGAACGCUGCGGGAGUUUUGUGCCAAUUCCAGCUUCACCUUUCCCACCAAGGAGCGCUCCUUUGAUGACAUCCCAAACUACGAGCUCAACCACCUGAUCGUGGAUGACCGCCACGGCAUCAUCUACUGCUACGUGCCCAAGGUGGCCUGCACCAACUGGAAACGAGUGAUGAUUGUGCUCAGUGAGAGCCUCCUGGACCAGGGUGUCCCGUACCGGAACCCUCUGGACAUCCCCCGGGAACACGUCCACAACACCAGCACCCACCUGACCUUCAACAAAUUCUGGCGCCGCUACGGGAAGUUCUCCCGGCACCUCAUGAAGAUCAAGCUGAAGAAGUACACCAAGUUCCUCUUUGUGCGGGACCCUUUUGUCCGCCUCAUCUCCGCCUUCCGCAGCAAAUUUGAGCUGGAGAACGAGGAGUUCUACCGGCGUUUCGCCAUCCCCAUGUUAAAGCUCUACUCCAACCACACCAACCUCCCCACCUCCGUUAGCGAGGCCUUCGGGGCAGGCCUCAAAGUCUCCUUUUCUGACUUCAUCCAGUACUUACUGGAUCCCAGGACAGAGAAGAUGACCCCCUUCAAUGAGCACUGGAGGCAGAUUUACCGCCUGUGCCACCCGUGCCAGAUAGACUAUGAUUUCAUUGGAAAGCUGGAGACGCUGGAUGAGGAUGCUGCUUAUUUAUUGCAGCUCCUCAAAGUGGACAGGCUGCUUCGCUUCCCACCCAGCUACAGGAACAGGACUGCCAGCAGCUGGGAAGAUAACUGGUUUGCCAAAAUCCCACUGGCUUGGAGGCAGCAGCUCUACAAGCUUUACGAAGCAGAUUUUGUACUCUUUGGCUACCCCAAGCCAGAAAACUUGCUUAAAGACUAGAAGUGAUUGGGCAGUGGGUGUGGGAGGGAACAUCUGAAAUACCAAAAAUGUUUAAAGCCUCCUCAUUUUUGCUCUUAACUCCCUUCCCCAUACAGGUUGGUACAACGGAAUAUAUUUUUUCUACUGCUUCCCCUUCCAUUUUUGCAAUAAUGUCAGAAUCCAGGGUAUUCCAGCCAGCUGUGCAUAUGCAAAAAAUGCCAUUUUUUCGGUUAUCAUUGGUCUUCUGUUUUUUAAAAUGUCCCCAUAUUUUGCAAUGGGUCGCUGCCCUUGGUCACUCUGCCAACUGUGUCCUUCAGUAGCUUUUUAUUAAUACUUUUUAAAAAUUAAUAUAUUUAAGAUAUUUAAUACAAAGCGUGUGUCGUGGCAAAGGAAGGGAAGGAAUAAAAAAAAAAACCAGUAAAAGAAACCCCCAAGAAAUUA